AAAAGACGGUGAGAAACAUAAAAUCGAUCUUCUUAGUGAUUUAUUCAUAAUUUAUGACCAGUAUAUAUGUAUUGUAGAACUAUCUUUCAUGAGUCUUUAACUCUUGAUAUCAGUCCCAAUCAGAGUAAGAUUCUAAAUCUAAGUGAUGAACGAAACCAAUGGCACAUACUUAAUUUGUGUUCUGCACAACUUGGCAAACAGUUUGGCAGAAAGUGAAAGAUAUGCAUGGCUAGCUACCACUCUUGUAUGAUCAUUAAACCUUAUCCUACCUAGCAGCUUGAUCACUACCCUUAUCCUGAAUGGUGCUAUACACCACACAAAAGAACUAGCAGGGAAACCUAACUAGAACAUUCCUACACAAGUCUCAGAAGAUGCAUAUAUACCAGUGAAAGGGUGGAUUUACAGUAGCUGUUUAAUUGAAAUGUAGUACACCUCAAACUAGCAUUGUUGUAAAAUCCACCGCUCAUAGAUAAAGCAUCAGUACAUUGCCUCAUUGUAUUAGAAUCUUACUGCUGUUAAGAUAUAUAAAGAGACAGAAUGUGGAAUGACUUUGCAGUUCCCAAUUCAAAUGUAGUUUAAGCAAGCAUUGUUGUAAGAUCCACUGCUCAUAAUAAAGCAUGAGUAGAUUGACUCAUUGUACUAGAAUCUUACUGCUGUUAAUAAUGCAAACAGACAGAAUCUGAGAUAACUUUUCAGUUCCCAAUAAUGAAUUCCAAAUUCCCAUCAAGAAGGGGAGUUUCUGUUAUCCACACAUUUCCGAUUUGCUUGGCGCCCUUUUAGCUGUCUGAUUGUCUUCUUAUAUAAGUUGGAAGGAUGCUCAAUAGCCUUAAAGGACAACAAUGACUGGUGCAGCAUUCGCUACCACAAUGGUAAUAUGAUCUUGCAUCCGGUGCAUUAAAAUUCAAAAACAAAAAGAGGCUCCUUGUUCUUACUUGGUGAAAAGAUCACGCUCACAUGAUUCACAGCUAGAAAUAGUGUCGUUUUUCUUGAACGAUAAUUUUAGCAUUACCAGACAUGUGAUACCUACGAGCAUAUUCCGAAGAAGUGAUUUCAAUGGCUCAAGAUAUUCACAUUAUCCCACUAUAUAUGAUCCCAGCAGCCUUGUCAAGAAAUACACCUAAACAUAGACUAAAACCAACGCUUAGACCAAGUGAGGAUGAUUUUUCCUAUCUUCUUCACAUUUGUUCUCCUCCUCUCUACUUCCCAUGCUGCGGACUUCUGUGUUGGAGACCUCAAGGCUCCAGAAAGCCCUGCAGGCUACUCCUGCAAGAAGGCUGAAAAGGUUACUGUAGAUGACUUUGUAUUCUCUGGCCUAGGUGUUGCUGGUAACACCUCAAACAUUAUCAAAGCUGCGGUCACCCCGGCAUUUGCUGCUCAAUUUCCUGGUGUUAACGGCCUUGGAAUUUCACUGGCUCGUCUCGACCUGGCUUCUGGUGGAGUUAUCCCAUUUCACACACACCCUGGAGCUUCAGAAGUCUUGCUUGUUACGCAAGGUUCCAUAGUUGCCGGGUUCAUUUCAUCAGCUAACUCAGUUUAUUAUAAAACCCUUAAGAAGGGUGAUAUUAUGGUGUUUCCUCAAGGGUUAUUGCACUUUCAACUAAAUGGAGGUGGUUACCCAGCUACAGCCUUCGUGAGCUUCAGUAGUCCGAGCCCCGGUCUGCAAAUUCUGGACUUUGCACUAUUCAAAAACGAUUUGCCUACAUCAUUGGUGGCAGCGACUACAUUCCUCGAUGUUGCUCAGAUCAAGAAACUUAAGGGUGUUCUAGGUGGUACUAAUUAA